UCAAAAUCUGAAGUAGAAAAUGGAGCUGCCAGAGCUGUUAGUAAUUCAUCCAGCUCCAGUAUUCAUCAUCCACCAACAACAAUUCUCCCAAAAAUUCAAACUCCUCAAAGCUUACGAAUCUCCACUCUCUACUAAACACUUUUUACAGACCCACGCGCAGUCCACUAAGGCACUCAUCUGCUAUGGCAAGAGCCCAAUCACUAGCGACAUACUCCGCCGUCUUCCUUCUCUUAAGCUCGUUGUCACUGCUAGCACCGGCUUCAACCAUAUCGAUCUCCCUGAGUGCCGUCGCCGAGGUAUCGCCGUUGCUAAUACUGCUGAUGUCUUUUCUGAGGAUACUGCUGAUAUCGGUGUAGGUUUGUUGAUUGACGUACUUGGGAAAAUUAGCUCCGGUGAUCGGUUUGUUCGCACCGGAAUUUGGCCUAAAAAUAUUUACUAUCCUUUGGGUUCCAAGCUACAACAAUAUUCAUUUUCACCAUAAGAAAAUCUUGUAGUUGUAUUUUAAUAGUUUGUACGUGGAUACUACUUUGGAUGCUAUAUUGAAUGUCCAUGUUACGAAUAACUUAAAGAUUAAAUUUUCUA